CGGUUGACCGCCGUCAGACGCCGCCGCGUCUGUCGCUGCUAGAUCGUACAGUCUAUGGUCUCCGCCUUCCGCGCCCUAUAAUUCCCCUGUGCCUGAGAAGCUUUCAUUUUGUCUUUUGCUUUGGGAAAAGAGUUCUGAAGCGAGCGAUUCAGGAUUACAAGGUGAAAUAAGAGUUCUGAAGCGAGCGAUUGAGGAUUACAAGGCGUCUCAUGAAUAGUUGAGUUGAUGCUCAUCCAUCUCCCAUGGAGUUUCAUGGAUUCACUGAUGAAGACACAUCCUACGAAUACCCAUCGUCGUCGAGGAAUACGGCGUUCACGAAUUGGUCAAUCGAUUCCAUCAAAUUAGGUUUCGGCGACUCCCCCAACUCGCCGCUCUCCGGUCAGUUUGACUGCGAUGGUUGGAGUCAUCUUCCGGUGGAUGCUCAGGCGCCGGCCUAUUCCAGACAGAAAAUGAGGCGCGCUCUGCAACAAAUCGAAACCGAUCUCAUGCUGCCUGACCCAGAAGAACCAGCGACCAGCACGAGUCUCGAAUCGAGCGAGAAGCAGCAAGAUCAGGCCGCGAAGCAGUUUCGUGUGCGGCCGAGGACUGGCGGCGCACCGCCGGAGUUGCGCCAUCCGGAGAAACGACUGAGAGAAUCGAAGAGUCCGUCGGGCGACGAUCUGCGACAGCUUCUGAUCAGCUGCGCUGAAUCUCUGUCGGAGAACGACAUGGAGGAGUUCGAAUCGCUGGUCAGAGAAGCUCGAGGCGUGGUUUCGAUCGCCGGAGAGCCGAUCCAACGCCUGGGCGCGUACAUGCUCGAAGGCCUGGUUGCUCGGCGUGAGAAUUCUGGGACGAAUAUCUAUCGCGCCAUGAGGUGCGACGAACCAGAGAACAAGGAGCUGCUCUCGUUCAUACGCAUCUUGUACGACAUCUGCCCCUACUUCAAGUUCGGAUACAUGGCGGCGAACGGCGCCAUCGCCGACGCUAUCAGAAACGAAGACAGAGUCCACAUCAUCGACUUCCAGAUCCGUCAGGGCACCCAAUGGAUCACGCUGAUACAGGCGCUGGCAGCGAGGCCGGGAGGUCCGCCGCGCAUUCGGAUCACCGGGAUCGAUGACUCGGUGUCGGAGUAUGCCAGGGGAGAGAGCUUGCAGUUGGUCGGGAAGAUGUUGAUGGAGCUGUCGAAGAAGUUCAGCAUUCCGCUGGAGUUUAAAGGCCUGCCGGUGUACGGCCCCGAUGUGACUCGGGAGAUGCUGGACAUCCGGCCGGGGGAAGCGGUGGCGGUGAACUUCACUCUGCAGCUGCACCACACGCCGGACGAGAGCGUCGACGAGAACAACCCGCGCGACCGGCUGCUGCGGCUGGUGAGGGCACUGUCCCCGAAAGUGAUGACCCUGGUGGAGCAGGAGUCGAACACCAACACGACGCCGUUCGCGACGCGGUUCGCGGAGACGCUGGACUACUACUCCGCCAUGUUCGAGUCGAUUGACGCGGCGGUGGCGAGGGACAGCAAGGAGAGGAUCGGCGUGGAGCAGCACUGCCUGGCCAAGGACAUCGUCAACGUGAUCGCCUGCGAGGGGAAAGAAAGGGUGGAGAGGCACGAGCUGCUGGGGAAGUGGCGGUCAAGGCUGAGCAUGGCAGGGUUCCGGCCUUACCCGCUGAGCGCGUACGUGAACUCGGUGAUCAGGAUGCUGCUGGGUUGCUACUCCGAUAAGUACACGCUGGUGGAGAAGGAUGGUGCUCUGUUGCUGGGCUGGAAGAACAGGAACCUCAUCUCCGCAUCUGCUUGGCACUGAUCCAAUCAUCAUGCAUCAUCGUAAAAUCCAUUCUGUACCUCGUUGCAAAUCUAAAUCGAUAAAGUAUGUUUGUUGAUACGGGACGGGAGACGACCGGUCCUUCAGCCGGUAGGAUAUAGGGAGUUUGAUGUCCUACUUUUGAAUUAGGAAGUUAGUAUGGCUGGUCAGUUAAUAGCCAAUUAAGUUUAAAGGA